AAUCCCCUCAUCAAUCUUUCCUUGUAAUUUUUAUUUUUAACCAUGCUUUCUCUUUAACCUGAAACCGUUUGAUGUUGAUCAACUGCCUCAGAAAGUUUAGACGGUGACACCAUUCUCUCUCUCUCUCUCUCUCUCUCUCUCUCUCAUCUUCUCUUCUUCUCUCUCUGGAGCCAAUGAAGAAAAGCACAAAACAAGAGAAAUAGUGGUUUUCUUUUCCCUGUACAGAUUCAAUUCAUCUUGUAUCAGGUUUCUACCCAUUUUCAUUCUUUCUUUAUUCUUGAAUUAACUCAAAGACUGACUCACCAUUCAACAGCCAAGAAAAAAGGCAUUUUUCCCGUCAAACAAGGAGCACCCAGAGUUUCAAUCUUUCCAGAAAGGAAUUUACCCUUCAGAAUUUAGCAAUCAAAUUUGAUAAGUUUGUCUCCUUUUCUAUGGAUUUAGAUACCAUUGAUUGUGUGACAUCUUCAGAUGUGAUGGAUGAUGAUGAGAUCCAUCAUCAUAAUCAUCAUCAUCAUCAUAAUCAGUUGUCUCCAUUGUCGAAGCCACAUAGCAACAAUGGGAACGGCAACAGCACUGUGUCAUCAGCGGUUCACCCAAGCACCACCAGUGUCCAUGAACUUCUUGAAUGUCCUGUCUGUACCAAUUCUAUGUACCCUCCUAUUCAUCAGUGCCACAAUGGGCAUACCCUGUGUUCAACCUGUAAAACAAGGGUACACAAUCGGUGCCCCACAUGUAGACAGGAGCUGGGUGAUAUUAGGUGUCUGGCUCUAGAGAAGGUAGCUGAAUCACUUGAACUGCCUUGCAAGUAUACAUCCCAUGGAUGCCCAGAGAUAUUUCCCUAUUAUAGUAAACUCAAACAUGAGGCCCAAUGUAACUUCAGGCCAUACAAUUGCCCAUAUGCUGGAUCAGAAUGCUCUGUUGUUGGUGAUAUUCCAUUUCUUGUUACUCAUCUAAGGGAUGACCACAAGGUGGACAUGCAUUCUGGAUGCACAUUUAACCAUCGGUAUGUGAAGUCUAAUCCUCGGGAAGUAGAAAAUGCCACGUGGAUGCUCACUGUAUUCCACUGUUUUGGUCAGUACUUCUGUCUCCAUUUUGAAGCCUUCCAGCUUGGGAUGGCCCCUGUUUAUAUGGCAUUCCUUCGUUUCAUGGGUGAUGAGAUGGAAGCCCGCAACUACAGUUACAGCCUAGAAGUUGGGGGCAAUGGCAGGAAACUCAUUUGGGAAGGCACCCCAAGAACCAUAAGAGAUAGUCACCGAAAGGUUAGGGAUAGCCAUGAUGGCCUUAUUAUACAGCGUAACAUGGCACUUUUCUUCUCCGGUGGGGACAGGAAAGAGUUGAAGCUGCGAGUAACAGGACGGAUAUGGAAAGAACAGCAGAACCCAGAAGGUGGUGCCUGCAUACCCAACCUUUGUAGUUAAAAAAGUUCAGUUGGAUAUCUGCUGUACACCCAUAGUUCUGUUUGCUGCAUUUUCUUGUAAUAUUAAUAGUAGGUGAUUUUGAGGAUUCUCGAAUUCUGUAUGGAUAUUGGAGGCUUAAAGCCCUUUUCUCAAUUAACAAUAAGCUUCUUACCCAAUUUAUA